AUGAGUAAUAGUCGUGAAAAAGCUAUUGAAUCAUUACGUAUGCUACCACGAUUUGAUUCCCAAGCGAUUCUCAAUGAAACAUAUUUAGAACAUGUACCUAAGUCGAACUCAAUCUAUCCAUACAAUUCAUUAUCGUUGGAAGACAUUUUUUGGCAUGAAACAACAAAUCAAACAGUAUCGGAUCCAUUAGUAACACAUUUACUAUUACCAAAAUUUCAUUCUCAUCAUCAUCAAUUAAUUUCUUAUGACGAAAAUCAAUCGGCUGAUGUGACAAAACUAAAUGUUGAAGAAAGUCAAAAAAGAUGUCAUAUUGAAAUUCUCGAGCCAACCAAUGAUCGGUCGGGUAGAAAUUGUCGAGUUACGAUUUAUACCAGUACUGAAAAGUCCGCUUAUACAAUCAUGGGGGAUACUCUUGAAUCUUACAGUCAUUUUCGAAAAUUACCUAGUUGCAAAGCAUUAUCAAAUUUUCUUGAAUAUCGUAAUAAAAUCUAUAAACGUGAAAAACUUGCACAAUAUGCCCCGUUGAAAACUAAAGCAUUAAUAGAAAGAAAAGAUGCCCAACACACUAAAAAUAUUCCUACAAGAACAAUUCAUGCAUCAGAAAGUCAAACAACUCCUUCAUUAAUAUCAGAAGCCGUUUCAUUAAACAUUACUCCAUCAGUUGCUUUCGAAAUAACUCCAAAUCAAUCUGCGGCGAUCAAAAAAGAAGAAUAUAUUCAAAUACCUUCAGUUGACUUACUCAAACGUUCUCCAUCGGAAUCCCCUCAACAUCAUAUUAAACCAAAAAGGACCAAUGGUUCUGCCAAACAACCUCCAUCGCCAUCUAUCAAAGGUCAGCAGCUAUGA